AUGGCACCCUCUCUCCUCGAGAUCGCCCCUGAACUGCGCAACAUGAUCUGGGGAUUCGCCGUCCACGAAGCAGAUCCGAUUCCCAUCACCCACUUCGAACCACAUAUGGGCACCCUCCACACUGAGGUCGACCUCCGUGAUGCGCCACCAACAGACAAGCGCACUGCCUUCCAUUUCACGCAAUCCAACCAACAGAUAAACAACGAAGCUGCGGCCAUGUACUACAGAUCGAACACUUUUCGAUAUGUGGUCGCAGAUCGCGGAUACGUGCGCCUGCGCGCCUGGGUCGACAUGAUCGGCCGUCUACCUCGCGUGAGAGGGAAACCAGCCAACAACGGACCACACCUCGAGAUCGAACUUCUCGGCUGGGUGCACUCGUAUAACCCCACUGCCGUCCCGCGAAUUCGUCGCACCAAGUCUUUCCGUAACCUGUGCUUUGCGCUCGCUCGCGCUGGAUUGGUGCAGGGAAAGGUGAAGAUCACCAUCGCUGGAAACGGCUGGAGGCUGAACCAGAAACGGAUGGAGGUGGAGACGGUUCGGAAAGAGGCAGAGAAGAUUCGGAAAGAGGCGUGGGAGAAGAAGCUGGAGGCAAUGAUAGAGUUGCAGGAGAAGGAGAAGGAAGCGUCGGAUAAAUCAAACGAAGCGUUUCUGAAGAGCCAUGAAGAGUUUAUGGAGAAAUCUCAACAGAUGAACGCCGUGAAAGAGAAGCUGGAAAUAAUGGAGCCCAGGGCAAUGCAGGCGAGUCUACAAUGCAACAAGCCAAACGACGAGGAGGACCACGAGGCACAGGUGGACUCAUUACGUCGAGGAGAGCAGUGGCCGGUCAAUGGCGAGGAGAUUGAUGAUACGGACUGUUCGGAUGGUAUGCGACAUGGUGAGGAGAAGCUGAAGUGGACUUUGGACUCGGGCUUUUCUCUUGCCAGCGUUGCUAUUCAGAACGGCAUAGAAUACUGA